GCGGGGGAUAAGCUGGGCUAUUUUCAUCAUUUCCUUCCUCCCACUCAAGCAGCGGCCACCAGCGGCUUUGCAUAGAGCUGUUACCUCAGCCUCGACCAGGACAAUUCAGGGCACAGAAAGGAGUGCUGGCUGCAGGCCUACAACUACACUCACCAUCCUGCCUUCUGAGUGUCCUGGGAGGCUCAGCGAGGCCUGGGUUGGGCACACUUCACCUCCUGCCGUCAUAACCACCCCAUUCCACAAAGGAGAAGGCUGAGGCCUGAGAAGGAAGCCAGCCUGCCAAUGCCUGCCUGGGGGGCCCUGUUUCUGCUCUGGGCUGCCGCACAGGCUACCAACGACUGCCCCACCGAGUGCACCUGCCGGGCCCUGGAAACCAUGGGGCUGUGGGUGGACUGUCAGGGACAGGGGCUCACGGCCCUGCCUGCGCUGCCUGUCCACACCCGUCACCUCCUGCUGGCUAAUAACAACCUGAGCUCUGUGCCCCCUGGUGCCUUCGACCACCUGCCCCAGCUGCAGAUCCUCGAUGUGACGCAGAACCCCUGGCACUGUGACUGCAGCCUCACCUACCUGCGUCUCUGGCUGGAGGACCACACGCCAGAGGCCUUGCUACAUAUCCGCUGCGCCAGCCCCGAGCUUGCCACUGCCCGCCCGCUGGGCCAGCUCACGGGCUUUGAGCUGGGGAGCUGCGGCUGGCAGCUCCCAGAGUCCUGGACAUACCCAGAGCUCUGGUGGGAUGUGCUGCUGAUUGUCGUGGCCAUGCUGGGCCUGGCUCUCCUGGCCGGCCUCCUGUGCACUGUUACAGAGAUCUUUGACUGAGGCCAGGUGCCCAGGGUCACCCUGAGCCCCUCCCCAGACCCCACCAGGCCUGGGCAUCAGGGCCACCAGUAACUCAAAAUAAACUGGGUGCUCGACCAUUUUA